GUGAAGUUGCCUGCAUCCGGGCCCCCUGCUCCCCGGCAGCGCGGUGCAGACACAGGGGAAUGGGGAUCGGGCCCCUUUCCCGCUUUCCCGCCCGCAGUCCCCGAGCCGGCUUCUUCCCGGGGACCCGCCGUGAGACCCUGAGGGACCCGUCAGAGCCCCUGUGCUGUGGGCUCGAGGGCGAGGAGCCUCGGGCACCGAGAGGCCUGGCCGGGGGAAAGCCAGGGGGCGGGCGGCGCGCGGCUGCUCCGGACAGAGUCGGAGUCCGAGACGCGGAGUGUGGCAGGCCACUAUGUCACCCAAUUUGGAUCCUGGCUUCCCUCAAAGACUCUUACGGCUUUUGUUUGAUAACCCUCUGGUGUAGCCAGCACUGCAUGUAAAUAAGAAAUGUAGAUAAAAGACUCUUGGUUUUGAACUGAUUUUUUUGAGCCAUGUUUAUAUCCUUGGAGCUUUUGGAUAAUGUGACAGUUGGGAUGCAGUGAUGUCGACUCUCUGUCCACCACCAUCUCCAGCUGUUGCCAAGACAGAGAUUGCUUUAAGUGGUGAAUCACCUUUAUUAGCAGCUACCUUCGCUUACUGGGACAAUAUUCUUGGUCCUAGAGUAAGGCACAUUUGGGCCCCGAAGACAGAACAGUUACUCCUCAGCGAUGGAGAAAUAACUUUUCUUGCCAACCAUACCCUAAAUGGAGAGAUCCUUCGAAAUGCAGAGAGCGGGGCUAUAGACGUGAAGUUUUUUGUCUUGUCUGAAAAAGGAGUAAUUAUCGUUUCGUUAAUCUUCGAUGGAAACUGGAACGGGGAUAGGAGCACAUACGGACUAUCCAUUAUACUUCCACAGACGGAACUUAGCUUCUACCUCCCACUUCACAGAGUGUGUGUGGACAGAUUAACACACAUCAUCCGGAAAGGCAGGAUAUGGAUGCACAAGGAAAAGCAAGAAAAUGUCCAGAAGAUAGUCUUAGAAGGCACAGAGAGAAUGGAAGAUCAGGGUCAGAGUAUUAUUCCAAUGCUUACUGGAGAAGUAAUUCCUGUGAUGGAGCUACUUUCAUCUAUGAAAUCACAUAGUGUUCCUGAAGAAAUAGAUAUAGCUGAUACCGUUCUCAAUGAUGAUGACAUUGGUGAUAGCUGUCAUGAAGGCUUUCUUCUCAAUGCCAUCAGCUCACACUUGCAGACCUGUGGCUGUUCUGUUGUAGUAGGGAGCAGUGCAGAGAAAGUAAAUAAGAUAGUAAGAACACUAUGCCUUUUUCUGACUCCAGCAGAGAGAAAAUGCUCCAGGUUAUGUGAAGCAGAAUCAUCAUUUAAAUACGAGUCAGGGCUCUUUGUACAAGGCCUACUAAAGGAUUCCACUGGAAGCUUUGUGCUGCCCUUCCGGCAAGUCAUGUACGCUCCCUACCCCACCACACACAUAGACGUGGACGUCAACACCGUCAAGCAGAUGCCACCCUGUCAUGAGCAUAUUUAUAAUCAGCGUAGAUACAUGAGGUCUGAGCUGGCAGCAUUCUGGAGAGCCACAUCAGAAGAAGAUGUGGCUCAGGACACCGUCAUCUACACAGACGAGAGCUUCACUCCCGAUUUGAAUAUUUUUCAAGAUGUCUUACACAGAGACACUCUAGUAAAAGCCUUCCUGGAUCAGGUCUUCCAUUUGAAACCUGGUUUAUCUCUCAGGAGUACUUUCCUUGCACAGUUUCUGCUCGUCCUUCACAGAAAAGCCUUGACGCUAAUAAAAUACAUAGAAGAUGAUACGCAGAAGGGGAAAAAGCCCUUUAAAUCGCUGCGGAACCUGAAGAUAGACCUUGAUUUAACAGCAGAGGGCGACCUGAACAUAAUAAUGGCUCUAGCUGAGAAAAUCAAACCAGGCCUCCACUCGUUUAUCUUUGGAAGACCCUUCUAUACUAGUGUACAGGAACGAGAUGUCCUGAUGACUUUUUAAAUGUGUAACUUGUUCAGUGCAUUUUGUCACAUCAUCAUUGCUGCUACAGUAGCUCAGUGGUGUUGGGAAACAUAAUUCCCUAGAGUCCUACUCGGCACUGGCAGUUGGUUAGUUACACUACAGUUGUCACCAAGAGUCUGUAAGGGGAUGUCAGGUGCAUUGUUACAGCAGGUGCACCUUUUCUUGGAUGUGCUCUCUUGGGAUACAGACUUAUGUUUACAAUUAUAAUAAAUAUUAUUGCUAUCUGUUAAUGAUGUAGGGUAUAAACUUGACCACAACUACUGUUUUUUGAAACUUAGGAUUCACGGUUUACAUGUAUCUAAGUAAAAUCUGUGUUAGCUUUCACAGAUGUAAUACUAUUUGACUUUCCAUCUCUUGGUGUUUCUUGGUAUGUGGGAUUACUAUAAUACUUUCACAAUCAGCUGAAAAUUAGAGCAUCAGAAUCAUUUCAGUUCCACAAAAGGAAGUUGGCUUGGACAUAGGUUAAGUUUUAGAAAGAAAAUGUUUAUCAAGUAGAUGUUUUGUUGAAAUUAAUUAUUAGAUCCUACUUUGCAGACAGUCUUUCGGAUUCAGUUAGUGUAGAAAUGUCAGACAGGGUAUAGAGUCUUGAUGAUGGUGAACCACAGUCAGAGUUUUUCUUUGUGUGUUGAGCUCUGUCAAAGAAUAUUUAGAAAAUUGGAUGUCAUGUUUCAGUAGUUAUUGCCAACUUUUUAAAUUAAUUUCCAUUAUUUUUGAGCCAAAUUGAAAUGAGUACCUCCUGUGCCUUUUUUUUUCCCUUGGAAAAUAGAAUUGCUUGGAAGAAGUGCAGGUUUCACUUGUCAGUCAUUUUUAUCUUGUUUUCCUCUUGUAUAAUCUUACUCUGAUUUAGCAAUCAGUAUAACUCCCGAGAUUUUUAAAUGCAAUAGAGAAAUACUGACUAGUUAGAUUUUUUUUUUCAUGAACAAGAAUAGUAUCUUCUUCCUUAAACUUCUGCCCAUAUUUUUGAAGUUGUUGCCAUGUCUCUUUGCCUGCAUCAUGUGAGGACUAGCAGGAGAAACUUUAUUGAUGUGCUGUUUUUCUAGGUGCUACUUUGGCAGAACUAAGUGGUCAAUUUCUUUUCUUAAUGUGUUUGGACCAUCUUGCUAGCUAUAAAAUAACCAACUAACAUAAUUCUGUGCCAGAAGAGUGUUGACAUAAUAGUACACACGAGCAUAAAAAAUAUUUUUAUUUAAAACUGUGAAAGCAACAUAAAAGGGAAAAAUAUUUAUAAGAAAGGGAUAAAAGUGAUGGAGCCCAUCUGCCCAGGCUCACUAGAUUUAACGAAAACCAACAUAGGUCCUGAUAGCCUUUCACAUCACUAAUUAGAAAGGUGUCCCAAUUUUUAGACACAUACUCAACUAGAUGAUGGAUGCUCUGUGGCUCAGUCAUGAAAAUUACAGAUUGCACCUUGUACCCCUUCUUCAAUGCUAUUUACAUGAUGGAUUAUUUAAGUGCUAAUUAUUUUGUGUUGCUCAUUUAUUGUACUGUUAUAUAGGAUGCAAGUUGUAUAGGGAAAUAAGUUAUUAAAAGCAUGUGUGCACAUUGUUAUAUAUCUUCUCCUAGAUGGAGAAUUUUGAAUAAAAUAUCUUUGAAAUUU